AUGGAUGCACUCUUGCAGACUCUUGGAGUUCAGACCUUCAACUUCGCUGUCCGAUCCGGGAUCGCCCUCACAUCCCGUUACGCGGUGCAGCAAUGCUCAAGGCUACUGAAAUCAAUCAAUGACAAAGCCGUCCGCUCUGAGUUUAAGGCACUGCAGAAGCUCCUGGACAACAAAAUCAAGAUCCUCUCUCCUGCUCUCGACUUGAUUGAGUUCAAAUCCAGCCGAGGGAACGUAUUCUUAGAAUCAGCGGUGCCCCUCGCCAAAUCCCUCCACCGAGAAAUCGUCCGCCUUGGAAAGCGGCUACACAAUGCGGCCACCACGACUGAGGAAGAAGCUCAUGGUGCAAAUCCGAGGGCCCAUGGUGGCCGUAUAUCGGAAGAGCGCCAUGCCGAACUGUUGCUCAUCAUCAAGGACAUUAAGGACCUUCUCGCACGAAUCGACCGGGAUAUACCGCUUCUUCAGUUCGCCAUCACAGUCUCGGGCGAGAAGAUGUCCACCGCCAUGACCCCCGGCAUCUCACCUUCUAGGAUGAUGCAGGCUAGUGCCCUGCUCUCCUUUGCAGAUGCCCACUUCGUCGCGGACCCCCAUCGGCCCAUCCAGGUCGGGCCUUCUUUCACACUCUCCCUCUACAUGUUGUUCCUUGGCCAUUCUCAAGUUGAGUCAAAUUCGGAGCACCAUGCUCCUCGAGAAGCCCCUUAUGGCAUUGGGGAAGGCGAACGGAAACCCAUAUGGCAGGAGGUUAUGCAUAAAGCUCGAGUGCGACUUUGCCGGGUUCCUGCCAGCUGGGUAUUUGAUUCUGCUCAGGGGUACCAGCCAGACAGCUUCCAUGACUCGCACCUUGCUGGCACCGUCUCGCGGAAAACAGCAAUUCCGCUGCCUGGGCCCUCCGAUGGAUAUUCAUACCACCUGGAGGUCAUCGAGGACUUGGACGACGGGAGGCUUCACGAGGGGGAAGGGCCAAAAUCUCAGCCCUAUGAUGACAUGCCAAUGGCUGGCAUCCGGGAGUCCAUUCCGAUCCAUCAGAUUUCCAAGAUCUUCUACACGGAUACUGGAAGAAUUCUCAACAUCGGACACAAUGACGAAGGGGAAAAUAACCCGAUCCUCCUCUUGAAGAGGGAUGUCAACGCCAAGUGUCCGAUCAGGAUGCGGCAAGAGUGGUUCGACGACCCAGACAAAAAGGAACACCAUGGGUCACAGUUUGAUCCCGCCGACGAAUCAUCUGAGUCUGAUGACCAGGACGACGUAGACCGGCAGUUAUGGGAAGAGACUGAACAUUCUGCCAAGUCACCAGCCAGCCAGGACAGCGCUCGAGCAACAUCCCUACCUCCGCACCUGGACUCUGAAUGGUUGGCUCUGGAGGUAUAUAUAGACGACGAUGACGUCGAAGAAGACGACGACGAUGAGAGCUUAGGGGAGGAUGCGGACAGUGGUGGCGAAAAGAUAAACCAGACCACCUCACCCAGUAAGGCUCAAGUGCCGCACGAAGGGCUCUCGGUGAACUCCAACCUCGCUUCUCAAAUCCAGCGCAUCUCGAUACGGUCCGACUCACCUUCCCAGGACCUCCACAGCCACGGUACAGCCGACCUCAACAAACAUCGCGAAAACAUAGCGGACACGUACGUGUCAAGGUCACCUUUUGGGUCCAUUAUAUCGUCACUUUCGCUCCUGGAGAUGUUAGUCCGGCUCACCAGUCUGCAAGAAUUUCAGCAGACCUCCCACUUGGCGAUCCCCGACCACAUUCUCACAUUCUUCUUGGAGGAGACCUCAACAACAGGGUUACACGGUGAAGCGCACUGGCGGAUGAGGAGUGAGGCGAAACGUCGUAUGGGUUUUGACCCUUACACUGACUCUUUUCCGAGGGAGGCCGAGGAAUAG